UUCAAGUGAAGAUCAUAUUGCGAAGUUGGACAACUUUACAAAAAAAUAGAGUUUUACAAGCGGAAAAAUACAUUCUGGCGGAUUAAAGUGACAAACAAUUUUCGUUUUCAUUUGGAAAGUUCUUUAAUUAAAUUGAAUCGACUGUACUAUGGGAAAAGAAAUCACCUGGUUGAUUAUAAUUGGGAUUUGUAUCAUCAAGUCGUCAUGUGAGUCUGUCUUCAACACUGAAACUCCUGCUCCCAGCAACAGUACAGACUGGUUACUGGACUACACUGACAUAGAGACCAAGUUCUCAGUGCGUUCAGCCAAGGAGCCAGAGGAGGAUCUGUGUUACCUGGUGCCAGGGAAAAAGGAUACAGCCACACAGUGUGGCUUCGACACCAGCUUACCCACAUUCGUCAUCAUACACGGCUGGUCGGUGGCAGGUUUGUUUGAGAGCUGGAUCUACAAGCUGGUAGCAGCCCUGUUUGAGCGCGUGACCAAUGCCAACGUUAUAGUGGUGGACUGGCUGGACCGGGCCCAGCACCACUACCCCAACUCUGCGGCUCACACCAAGCUGGUUGGAGAGGAUGUGGCCAGGCUCAUCAACUGGCUGGAGGUGGAUCUGAAGUAUGACCUGAUGAACCUCCACCUGCUGGGAUACAGCCUGGGAGCACACGUGGCUGGCAUAGCUGGAAACCUGACCAACAACAAGGUCAACAGGAUCACUGGCCUGGAUCCGGCUGGACCUAGCUUCGAGUACGCAGAGCACACAAACCGCCUGUCUCCUGACGAUGCAAAAUUCGUGGAUGUCCUCCACACCAACACCAGGGGGUCUCCAGAUCUCAGUAUCGGUAUCCAGAGACCCGUGGGCCACGUGGACAUCUACCCCAACGGAGGAACAGCGCAGCCAGGCUGCUCCUUCCGGCACACCAUAGACAUGAUGAGAAACUUUGGCCUCCGCAACUUGGAUCAGAUCGUGAAGUGCGCCCAUGAGCGCUCUGUGCACCUGUUCAUCGACUCGCUGGUGAACAAACAGCAGCAAAGCAUGGCCUACCGCUGCAACUCCAAAUACGCCUUCAACAGGGGCCUGUGUCUCAGCUGCCGUAAGAACCGCUGCAACAACAUGGGCUUCGGAGUCAACAGGAUACGCACCACCAGGAGCGCCAAGAUGUACCUGAUGACCGGCGCCAGUAUGCCCUUCAAAGUCUUCCACUACCAGAUGAAGUUCCAUAUCUUCAACCAGCAGAACCUGAGUCUGAACGAGCAGCCCGUCAUAGUGUCUAUGUAUGGAACCCACGGAGAGAAGGAGGACAUCCAACUCAUUCUGUCCAACGUGACCACCAACACCACUGUGUCCUUCCUGCUGACCACUGACGUAGACCUGGGAGAGCUGCUGAGAGUCAUGCUGCGGUGGGACAGUGACUCCUACUUCUCCUUCUUCAACUCACACGAGUUCAUGGUCCGCAGGAUGAGAGUCAAGACAGGGGAGACCCAGUCCAAGGUGAUUUUCAGAGCGGAGAGUGACGGGGAGUUUGCCCACCUGGUCCAAGGAGGUGACCCUGUGACCUUCACCAAGUCUAAAGAGGAUCAGAACAGCAGGACGCAUGAGAGAAUCCACAGACUGAAGAAGCAGGGCAGCUUCUUCAAACAAGGCCUUAACGACGCUGCCACAGACACAUCACCAUCAUUAUCCCCAUCAUCAGAGCACUGAGGUCAUAUACUGUAAAUCUUAUUGUAGAAGACGGUAUCCUCGGGUUAAGUGUACGUAUGGGUGAGGCUCAAAUUACACCCUAUUCCCCAUACGUUUGCCCACUGACAAAGAAAUGAUCAGUCUAUAAUUUUAAUGGU